CACACUUUCAACCUCUAUCAUGGAGUCUCCGUUUAAAGGUUGCUCUUGAUGUAGCCAAAGGGCUUGCAUUCCUUCACAGUGCAGAAACAAAUUUGAUGUGUGUUCAUUUUAACACUACCAGUGUCUUACUUGACUCGAAUUACAAUGCAAAACUUUCGGCCUUUGGGUUGCUAAAGCAUCGACAGAUAAGCAACAUAGGUCAUUGCAUGCAGUUGGAGUUCAGCUCUGGUGGAUAUAUAGCUCCCGAAAUUUUAUUAACUGGCUUUUAUACUGCUAAGGGUACUGUCUACAAUUUCGGAGUAGUCCUACUUGAAAUGUUUACCGGCGAGAGGUUGAUGGAUAGGAAUCGACCAACUGGGCAACAGAAUCUGCUGGAGUGGGUUAGACCAUACCUGGCUAACAAACGCAAGGUCUUAAAAGUUUUGGACACGCAUCUCGAAGGGCAGUAUUCAGUUGAGGAAGCCUAUGAACUAGCCACACUCACCUUGCGAUGCAUAUCAACAUCACCCCGUUUCAGGCCAAAGAUAGAUGAAGUUGUUACAUUACUGGAGCAGCUGCAGGCUCCUAAUAAUGCUGAUUCAGGCAACCAAAUUCCUUCUUCUAGCGAGUCUCGGCCCUCUGCCUCAAUUCUAUAUACUUGAAACUUAACACAGCCUAAUAAUAUAAAGGAGAUACUACAAUGAAAACUUUAAAUUUUUUUUUUUUUUACUUUUGGAUG